CGGUGGGCAGCGCCCCUGAGCGCCGGGCAGCGCCCCGGCCCGGCCCCCCGUGCGCCCUCCCCAUGGGCGCUGCGCCCUAGCGCCGGACCAUGGCCAAGUGGCUGACCAAGUACUUCAGCCUGGGCAACAACAAGGCCAAGAGUCCCCCGCAGCCGCCGCGGCCCGACUACCGGGACCGGCGCCCCGGGGCCGAGCUGCUGGCCGCGCACCGCCACACCUCGCCCCGCCUGGCGCCCCGCCACCUGUGCGACGACCCCGGCGAGCUGCUGCGCGCCUACCGCGCCCAGAAGGAGCGCGACUUCGAGGACCCCUACAGCGGGCCCGGCUCGUCCCUGCGCAAGCUGCGCGCCCUGUGCCGCCCGGAGCCCUGCGCGCCCGAGGAGCCGGCCGCCAAGCCCCCCUCGGCCGCCGGCUCGCCGCACCUCUUCCGCAGCCAGAGCGAGCGCCGGCCGCCCACCCCGCCCGACGGCCGCUACCUCUCCCCCAAGCACCGGCUCAUCAAGAUCGACAGCGGCUGCGAGGGCGCGGGGGGCUGCAAGGGCGCCGCCGCCCCGGCCAUCACCUGGAGCCCGCCCGGCGGCGCCGGCAAGAAGGUGGGCAAGUGUCCGGAGCCGCUGGAGAGCGGCGUCCCUUCCGCCAAGCCGGAGAAGGUCUUGAUAGCAGAUGACUACUCUGAUCCGUUUGAUGCCAAGAGUGAGCUGAACAAAGCGGUGAAAGGAGAAAACACUGGCUACAUGGAACCUUAUGAAGCCCAGAGGAUAAUGAGCGAAUUUCAAAGGCAAGAAAGCGUGAAGUCCCAGCAGAAAGGCAUUCAGCUCUAUGACACGCCCUAUGAACCAGAAGGCAAUGGUGUGGAGUCAGACACUGACAGCUUGGUGGGCCAGCGCUUGCGAGAGAGCAAGCUGCCACAGGAUGACGACAGGCCUGCAGAUGAAUACGAUCAGCCCUGGGAGUGGAACAAAGUCACAAUCCCAGCCUUGGCAGCCCAGUUUAACGGGAAUGAGAAAAGGCAAUCUUCUCCUUCACCUUCAAGUGACAGGCGUCGACAGCUCCGAGCGCCAGGAGGUGGCUUCAAACCCAUCAAGCAUGGCAGCCCGGAAUUCUGUGGGAUCCUGGGAGAGAGAGUAGAUCCAACUGUGCCACUGGAAAAACAAAUAUGGUAUCAUGGCGCAAUCAGUCGGACAGAUGCAGAAAACCUGUUACGGUUGUGUAAAGAAUGUAGCUACCUUGUAAGGAAUAGUCAAACAAGCAAGCAUGACUAUUCUCUUUCCUUAAAGAGCAGUCAAGGUUUUAUGCACAUGAAACUGACAAAAACCAAAGAGAAAUACAUCCUGGGUCAGAACAGCCCCCCUUUUGACAGCGUUCCAGAAGUCAUCAACUACUAUACCACCAAAAAACUGCCCAUCAAGGGCGCAGAACACUUGUCCCUGCUUUACCCUGUAGCUGUCCGGACCCUAUAACACUCCAAUCUCACUCCUUCCUGUGGAUGGGAGGGGACGGGCAAGCAAGGAAGCAGGAAUUCAUGCUGCAUCGAUGACCAGAACUCAGAAACUCGAGGUUGAAAUGGAGAUGUCCUGCCUUUCAUUUCUGAUGUGUGCUGGCUGUCUGAAAACUGUUAGACAGUCCUGUGUGUAUGGUACUCUUGCACUACUGUGUUUCUGUUUCCAUGUGAUGAGAACAGAGAACCUUCCUGGGGGAUGUUUCUGUGAAUGAAAAAAUCUUUCCAAUCCAAAGAACUGCCGUCAAGGGUAAAUAAAGCCAACAUCUUCCUUCAGUCAGGAAACUCUAAGGAUAUUUGUUCUUUCACUCUCCUGACUUAAUACCUGUGUAUGAUCAAAUAAUCUUCCACUGGUGACAUGCUGUCCUUAACAGACACUGAAAUGGAUGCAGAUUCUUUCAGGGCUCAAGGAGAAAUCGGCACAGGACCGGCUUAACGUGCGAGUCCUCGCAGCUCUGCCCACUCACCCCGUGUUAGUGUGUCUCUUCACGCACAGUUUGUCAGGAUGAUCUAAACACAAGAGUCUUUUGUCUCGCACAGUGUGACUAGGAGAUCUUAAUGAGUAAUUUUACAAUAGCAACAUGUGUUUGAUUAUUUAUGAAUAGGGUAUGUAAUUAAAAUAGUGGUUUAAUAUAUAUAUUUUUAUCAUCUUUUGGUACAUUAAUAAAUCUCGGAGGGUUACUGCGUUCAUUUUGCAAGUGUCAUUCCUAGAUCAAGGCAGGCAGUUGAUUCUCAUGGUCUGCUGUGUCAGUGCAGCGAGUGCUGAUGUGUCAGCAGCGGCAGUACGUCAUCUGACUGUGACGACAGGCUGGGUUUCAGACCUCAAAAGGCAGGCAGAGGCCACGCUUCUUGUGCUCAUUUUAUCUGGGCAGAUAAUAGUCCCACUGGGGCAUCUGACCGACGGCAUCCAAGAUGCUUUCCACCUCCGGCAUGGAAGAGCAUGUGAUGGAUGGAUUUUCCAGCUUUCCAAGAGAGACAUACAGUGUGUAGGAAAACAUGGCUCUGUGGCACUGCGUGUUAUGGGGAAUUCUUGAAACUUGCAUGUGAAGAGCCUGGUGCCCCUACAUAUGGAACUACUAUGGUCACUGGCAUUUCCUCCCCCAACAGAAUAUCCAGAGUCAUGGAGUUUAGGGCCAGAAGCGACCACCAGAUCAUCCUGUCUGAGUUCCUGCACAUCACAGGCCAGCCACACACUAAACCCAGAGAUGGAAAUGAGACCAGGGUCUUGCAGCCCCCUGGAAAUAAGACUAUCACGUGCUGCAGGCACAGAGCAGGAGGGACCAAGGGGCACCAGUUCCUGAGGCCCGUAUAAUGGCAGGGAAAUGAUUAAGUGAGAGAGACCCAAACAAGCCUGGCAAGUGACCCCCCCCACCCACACGCUGCAGAGGAAGGUGAAACCCCACCCAAGGUCACGGACAAUCUGACCUGGGGGAAAUUCCUGCCCGAGCCCCCACAUGGCAAUCAGUUAGACCCUGAGCACGUGGGCAAGAACCAGCCAGCUGAGCUCCUGAGAGAGAGACUGCUCGAUGCCACCUCCAAGCCUGGUCCACCCCACCCAAUGUCCCAUCUCCAGCCAGGGCCAUCCCUGAUGCUUCAGAGGAAGGAGAUCCCUUCCUGACCGCUGCAGAUGGCCAGCUGAAGCCCUGAAGCAUGAGCUUUAGGGACAUAAGAUAGAAGGGAGCCCAAGGGCUGUGGGGCCCUGACCUCUGCCAUCACAAGCAACUUUGUCAUACCCCAUCUGUGUGUAGCUGUAUCAAAGCUGUACUACCUCCACAGGACAAAUGCAGCGGCCUCCCCAACUCAAGAGACGGCUGGCACGCUCUUUGUAUGCCUGCUGAAUAGGAUAACGGACAAACUGUGUUUGCACGUGAAUGCUGGAACUGGUGACAUCCAGUAGCCAGGUAGUCCUGAUCCCGGUCUGUCAUCACCUUGCUGUCUAGAGCACUGUUUAUUUAUACGUCAGUGACUGGAGCAGAGAUUUGGUUACUUGCAGUUUACAGACUUUACAGACUGCAAUAAGGCUGUGAAAAUGUCUGUUAUUUAAUUCACCUUUCUCUCCAACUCUCUCCCCCUCAUACAUGCUUUGAAAUAAGUGCUGAUUGAGAAGUGUAAUGGAAUAAUCAUUACUCUAAUGCCUGUAAAAUACUGCUUCAUUGUACUGUAUAAUGUGAAAAGAACCUCCAGGAUGUUCCAUAAUGAUGUUUCCAGAUUGAUAGUAAGCAUUUCGCUGCCUGGUUUUUUUGUUUGUUUGUUUGUUUUUUAACCCUAUCAGUUCCAGAUGUGAAUUGGGUAUAGAGAAUUCCAGCAUUAGUUAGAACAAGUUUGUGAGCUGGUUGUUAAUACCAAGGAGAGCUCUGUGUAAUACCGUGGUCAGCUCAUGAACGCUCUGGCUGAAUCCGCAUUGCAGGAGCGUGGCCAUGGUUUCCUUACCCUUGAAGUGGGGAUUGUGUGAUGGUCUUUACAAAUGGCUGAACUUACCCUACAGGUUCCUUGUUUAUCCGCUCCUCCGUGACACCCCCAGGACACAGGCAGGCAGUGAUCUCCCAGAUGUUACUUCUCAGAUAUGGGGACAUGGGAGCCACUUUCGGUUUAACAUUGGGGCAGGUGGGAGUGGAGAGAGAUUGUAACUUGGGCUACAUGGGUCCCAGCGAAUUCCUAACUCCCCUCCCUGGCCAGAGCAAGGAGGAAUCCUGGGAAGGGUGUGUCCGAGUCCCCCUGCCACCAGGGUGGGGCUGCUUACAUACCACGCCUGGCUUGGGGCUGCCCCAAGGCAUAACCUUAGCCUAGCCUUCCCUGGCGAUCCAAACUUCCAAGCUGCCCUUUUCCCUGUUUCGCAUGUUCAAGUGCGUUUUGUUUUUAUUCUGUAACUUGUCUCUCCGUGGUUUUGCAGUGGAAUAAUCAUUUUAGAUCCCCACGUCUUCACCAUGAUGAAGUGCAAAGAACAGGAGUCAGUCAAGGGAGAGCUUAGCCAGGCUUUUAUGAGCUGGGGAGGUGGAGGUGGAGGAAUUGUCAAGUAGGGUUUCGUACAAGGGCCAGAUCCAAAUGCCAUUGACGUGGGUGGGAGUGAUUUCCAUGAACUGUGGAUCAGGCCCGACACGAUUAAUGCAGUCAGAUCAAACCCCUACAGCCAUGUGUAUAGCACGGAGCACAACUCUGAGAAACAAACUGAGGCCUGGGCUACCUUAGAAAAUUAGGUCAGUUUAACGACGUCAGUCAGGGGUGUGAAUAAUCCACCCCCAGAGCGGCAUGGUUAGGCUGACCAAGUCCCCAUGGGGGCGGUGCUAGGUUGACCUAGCUGCCAGCUCUGAGAGGUGGGUCACCUACACUGCUGGGAGAGCCCUUCCUGUUGGCAUAGGUAUUGCUGCACUGAAAUGCUCCUGGAGCAUCUAGGUGUAGACAAGCCCUGAGUUUGGGAAAGGAAAUCAUCUCUCCAACCAAUGCUUUGUAAUGGGGGGGAGGGGGGAAAAGACUUGGGGAAAAAAUAAAUUGCUCAGUAACGCAGCAUAAAUAAAACCAGGAGUUUGUUUGCA